AGGGUGGGUGUACAAAUUGCGGCUGGGCAGAGGAAGACCAAGAGGCCCAACCCCUGACCUGAACUCCAGUUGCGCAUUCCGAGGUGCCCAAACCAUCUCCUCCCACCAGGCCACCACCCGUGGCGAUGGCAGCUGCAGGUCUCGGCCUCCGCCUCGUCUCCGCUCUCGCCUUGCUCGCCUUCUCUUCCUGCUCGCGGGACGCCGACAGGGUGGCGCGCCUCCCCGGCCAGCCGGAGACCCCGAGCGUGUCGCAGUUCGCCGGCUACGUCACGGUGAACGAGCGGCACGGGAGGGCGCUCUUCUACUGGUUCUUCGAGGCGCAGACGGCGCCGGAGGAGAAGCCGCUCCUCCUCUGGCUCAACGGAGGACCUGGUUGCUCGUCGAUUGGCUAUGGAGCUGCAUCUGAGCUGGGGCCUCUCAGAGUUGUCAGACAAGGAGCAGGCCUCAUGUUCAAUGAAUACGCAUGGAACAAAGAGGCUAACCUGCUGUUCUUGGAGUCUCCUGUCGGGGUUGGCUUCUCCUACACCAACAAAUCCUCUGACCUUGACAAACUGAAUGAUGACUUUGUAGCUGAAGAUGCUUAUAGCUUCCUAUUGAACUGGCUAGAGAGGUUUCCGGAGUACAAGGACAGAGGGUUCUACAUCGCAGGAGAGAGCUAUGCAGGUCAUUAUGUGCCACAACUUGCUGAACUUGUUUAUGAGAGGAACAUGGACAAGAAGGGCAAAGCAUAUAUCAACCUCAAGGGGUUCAUUGCUGGCAACCCUAUCACUAACGAUUACUAUGACUCGAAAGGGCUAGCUGAGUAUGCCUGGAGCCAUGCAGUUGUAUCGGAUGAAGUGUACGACCGCAUCAAAAAGUACUGCAACUUCAAGAACUCCAAUUGGUCUGAUGAUUGCAGUGCCGCCAUGGACAUCGUCUAUAGUCAGUACCGAGAGAUCGACAUAUACAACAUCUAUGCCCCCAAGUGCCUUCUAAAUCAGACUUCACCAUCUUCUGCUGCUCAAGCAUUCUUCGAGAAUGAUCAGGAGCACUUCAGGAGAAGGAUACACAUGUUCUCUGGCUAUGAUCCAUGCUACUCAUCCUAUGCUGAGGACUACUUCAACAAGCAGGAAGUGCAGAAAGCUUUCCAUGCAAAUAUCAGUGGGUUGCUUCCAGGGAAAUGGCAUGUCUGCAGUGACUCUAUCCUGAAUUCCUACAAUUUCUCGGUAUUUUCGGUCCUACCAAUAUAUUCGAAGCUCAUCAAAGCAGGGCUCAGAGUUUGGCUCUACAGUGGUGACGCGGAUGGAAGGGUUCCUGUCAUUGGCUCCCGGUACUGUGUGGAAGCACUCGGUCUGCCGACCAAGACCCAGUGGCAACCCUGGUACCUUGACAAACAGGUUGCCGGGAGGUUCGUGGAGUACCAGGGCAUGAGCAUGGUGACGGUCAGGGGUGCAGGCCACCUGGUGCCCCUCAACAAGCCUGCCGAAGGGUUGACGCUGAUCAACACAUUCCUUCGCGGAGGAUCGCGCAGCCCAGAGGCCACAGCCCACAUCAGAUUCAGGGAGGACCAAGCGAGGAGGCGAGGAGCCUGCGGCGUGCAAGGACAAGCUCAUGGAGUUUGUGUACAGUCUGCUGCGAGCUCGAGUAGAGACUCGCCACUUGAGACAUGCGAGCUCCUUCUCUGUGAUUACGACGAUGAACGAAGACCAGCCCGACAUGAACCUCUGGAAGUACCAGUUUCAGACAAGUACAGUGCUCACUACAGUAAUAAUUUUCAUCCUUGCAAUCAGAGGAAAGCACCUCCAUGGCUCCAUGUGGGAUUUCAGAUGACUCCGAAUGCUGAUUGCAGCGGUGAUGUGACACGGGAAGCGAGCGCAUUUUGAGCGAACGCCUGAAUGUUCUACUUGGCAUCUGCAAAAUAAUAAUAGCAAUGGAGUAUGUUAGAUUUUGCUUGGUGCAAGUCGUGCUCUGCACCAAGUUGUGGCAAACUUUCAAGCUAAAAGUUCUAUUUCCACAACAAUAGAGACAUGUACGAGAUGAAAAGUAAAGGAGGGCCUAAACCUUUGAUAAGAAAUAACAGCAGAAUGCUAUGUAAUACAAGAUCGCUACAGUGAAGGUUCAAAGAG